GAGAGAGAGAGAGAGAGACAGAGAGAGAGAGAGAGAGUCAGAGAGAGAAAGAGAGAGACAGAGAGAGAGAGGAGUACACUGCUGAGGGAGCCUGUCUGCUGUCACACGUGUCUGCCCUCACCUCCUCUGUACUCUAGCUUCACAGGAGACAUACUGCACUCAUCACAUCUGGACCUACAGGACGUCUAUGAGAUCUGGCCUCUCAAUCUCUACACCUCUUUUCUGAUGAACCUAAUCUACAAAGAAUCUGCUCCAAAUACAAAGCCUUCCGAGGGAAACUCCAUGGCAGAGAGGUUGUGGAAACACUUGGAAAGAACACAAUGAUGCAUGCUGUAUGAAGUGGAAGAAUAUCUUUCCUGGGGGGGAAAUGGUGUGUUUGAAAGGCACUCUACGGUGCUCAUCGUAUCCACACUCUACGGGGCUCAUCGUAACCACACUCUACGGGGCUCAUCGUAUCCACACUCUACGGGGCUCAUCGUAACCACACUCUACGGGGCUCAUCGUAACCACACUCUACGGGGCUCAUCGUAACCACACUCUACGGGGCUCAUCGUAACCACACUCUACGGGGCUCAUCGUAUCCACACUCUACGGGGCUCAUCGUAUCCACACUCAAGGUCAGUUCCUGGCUAAGGAAAAAGGAAAUCCUUGUGCUCUGUGGGAUGAGAGUUCAACUGUGGUGCAUUAGCUGAUCCUUCAUCAUCUCCCCCUCCACCUGCUCCCCCCUUUCAUCAUCGACACACUAUGUGGAUGUUAUCUUUAGCCGUAUGGAUUCUCAAUGUCACAAAUCUCACUCAUGGAUAUGACUAUGAUGAGUAUUACCCAGGCGAGGAGGAAACCAAGGCCCCGCUGGUUGGGGAGGGACUCAGUGAUUUAGACACAGUGUCCAAUGUGGACGAGCUGGUGGAGCUGUUGUACCCAGAGUACAGUCUGGUGCAGCAUUGCCUACGUAGGAAAACCCAGCGCACCUCCACUCCUCUCCAUCCUGAAGACGACGUCUGGGCCUGGGGCAAGCCCAGGGAGGGGGCACUGUACAAGUCUGACGACGGCACCUUUGACGUUAUUCUGGAGGAGAUCCAGCGUACCAUGUGCAGUCCUCGGGAGGUGUGUCUGGAGGUGUCUAAAGAGUACCCAGAGAGCACCCGUCACUUCUACAUGCCUCGCUGUGUGUCUGUGCACCGCUGUGGGGGCUGCUGUACCCACGAGGGUCUGUACUGCACCAACACCAGCCAUACUUACAGCAACAAGACGCUGUUGGAGAUGACUCACCGUGAACACUCUGUGGUGAUGGUGGCGUUCAUCAACCACACAUCCUGUGAGUGUCUGUCCAAGAGGCCCCAGCACUCUGUCAUCAGGAGGGCUGCUGCAGCCCACCUCACCGUGUGUUCUCCGCCAGAUGUUCUCUGCAGUACAGGACUGGUCUGGGACCCCACCAGCUGCCUGUGUGUUCCCAUGGACACAAGCUUCUUCUCUGAGAGAGAGCUGGGACCCCUGGAGUCGGCCUUGCUGGCGCUGUGUGGCCCCAACAAAGUCCUGGACGAGGACAGCUGUGAGUGUGUGUGUGAGAACGGUCUGACAGAGGCCAGCUGUGGGCCGGGCUGGCGUCUAGACCAGGCGUCCUGUGAGUGUCUCUGUGAGGACCAGCCCGCCCCGGGGACCUGCCCUCCCAACCAACGCUGGGACCCAGAGCUGUGUGGCUGUGUGUGCCGGGCAGAGUGCCCCCGUAGCCAGCCUCUCAACCCAGAGACGUGCCUGUGCCAGUGCAGGGAUAGCCCUCAGACCUGCCUGCUAGAGGGCAAGAGGUUCAACGCACACAACUGUAGCUGUUACCGGCUGCCCUGCAGAAAGCCACACAACAGCUGUCCAACAGGCUUCUACUACAGCCACUACGUCUGCCAGUGCAUACCCAACCACAUGAGGUCAGGGGAGUGGAACUGACAAAGCUGGCAUUACCAGCACUGGUGCCAAACUCUAGGGUCAAUGUACUGUAUCUGUAUGGUGGAAACGAGGCGGUGUGUUUGCAAUGUAGAGCCGGUAGAUGGAGGCUAGAAUAGGGGAAUGUUUUUUUAAUGAAUUCUCCUGAUAGGCCGCGAGGCUCUCCAUCGUCAGACCAGGGAACGUACAAUGAAGCACACAACGAUGCAGUCGUCUAUAUACUGCAGGUCAUGGUCAGAAUCAUGGACAUUAUUGACAUUGCCUCAGAUUCAUUAUGUGUGGCUGUUAAAAUGAAAAAAAAUAUUCAUUCCAUAAAAUGAAAUCAUUUUUAGAUUAUCUGACAUUGAUAUUUAUUGCAAGUGACCCUGCAGCUCUCCGAGAUGACGAUGACGUAACUGGGAAGAAACACCCUGACAUGAGAAGGAAGACAAAAGACUGAAAUGUAAAGCCCAUGCAUAUAUACUGUAUUGUACAAAACGUGUGACUGUAGUCAGUGGUGGCUGUGAAUGAAAAGUGUGUUUUUAAUGUCAUAUCCUAUUUGUAUUGUAUUUAAAAUACACGCUAUUGAUAAAAUAAAAUACAAACUUGAUUGGCUUUG